AUGUUAGCCGUGAUUUGGCUGCUUGGAUUUGCAGCAAAGAAAUAUACUAGAAAACGCCUGGCUGAAUCUACAUCUCCCCAGUUUGACCCGACUUCUUAUCAGUAUCGCUUCGUGCGGGUAAUGGACCAGCGUGGACUGCAUUAUCGCGGGGUCGUGACCAACUCUUUCGAACAAAUGGAGAAGAUCUGGAAAAAGACACCGGACGUGAAGGAAAGGUUUCGUAUCGAGGGCUUGGAGGAUCCUGAGAGCUCGUGGGUCUAUGAUAUAAGCGUGAGAUUCUUGAAGAAUGGGAGUAUUAGUGUGGGAUUCGCAUCGAGCGAAGAGGAUAUGGGCGAAAAGAAGAAUCCGGGUGUUGUUCUCGUGCAAAAUGCUGAGCUUGGAGGGAAAGGUCAAGCAUGA